GUCACGUACCACUUGGUUGCCAAUUUGGAGAAGCCAGCGUUCAAGGCAUACUGCAUUUGGAAAGCCUAUGGAGAGGUUCUACGUGGUGUGGAGCCAGAAAGGGCAACAAAGUUCAGACGUGUGUUUGGGCGGAGGUUACUUGUUGGUUUGUUGAAAGACAUUCCAGCGCAGCCACCGCAAAUCAAAGCAUCUCCGUCACAGGCGCACAUACUGCUGCAGGCUGGAGCAAUCUCGCAAGACCUCUUCCGAUUGGAAAUUGCAGAGGUUCUGGUAGACAUUUGGGCGACUGGAGGAAGUAUCGAACUCGUGCUGCCAGUAUUGGUUGAAGGAGACCCACUUGUCGAUGCCCAACUUUUAUUGUCGGAGGAAACAACGACGCCAGUUUUGCCUGAUCCAAUCCAAGCUGCACUGGUUUCGUGGUUGGAGGAGGCAGGACCUGGAUAUGUGUCUUUGCAAACAUACUACGUCAACUCACGCUGGCGCGGCCGGACAGAGUACUCCAACAUGGUGUAUGUUCCAAAGCAACGACUAUUUCAACUUACUUUGCACAGGUAGCAGAAAAUUGAUUCAUUUGUAAGGCCAUGUGGCUGAUGGGACAGAUAGAAGACGCACUUGGCGUGAGGAUGGGUUCAAAGAAAAACUCUAGUGGAUGCCAAAGACGCUCCGGAAAA